AAAUACCUUACUAGGAGAUGGCAGGCCGUCACACAGAAGCAAGGUUUGAGUUUUACUUCAGAAAGAACAUGACACCACAACAUAUAGCGGACAUGUUCGACGACUUUGCUGAGGACUACGAACAGGAAUAUAUGAACGUCGGUUUGAGAACGCAUGUAGUUGUCGGAGAUUUCAUGGCUAAAACCAUUCCAAAGGAAAGUAGACCAAAAGUGAAAAUCUUGGACGUUGCUGCUGGCACAGGACUUCUUGGAAAUGAGCUAAAGAAUCGUGGCUUUACACACAUCGAUGCUUUGGAUCCAGCCGAGAAGAUGCUGAAUGUGGCAAGACGUCGCAACAUCUAUCAACAACUCAUCUGUGCAUUCAUGAAAAAGAACAGGAACGAUACCAUUGAAACAGAUUGCUAUGACAGCAUUGUGGCAUCGGCAGCUGUUAACGAAGGUCUAAUUCCUUGUGACGCCUUUCAAGAAAUGAUCCGGAUCGUUAAACCAGGUGGUCGAAUCAUUUUCACGGUUCCAACCAAGUACAUCAACAACUCCGACAACUUGCGAGACCGGUUACUUCCCCUUAUAUACCAGCUUGCACAAGAGGGCGUGUGGGAGGUCACCUCCGUUGCACUUGCAGAUGGAGACCUUUCUAGUUUAAAUGGCCCAGGGACUUUGUUUAGUUUAAAAGUUCUGGUGUCAGAAAAGACAUUUUAA